CACAACCUCCAACAUGCAGAACGGCACGUCUACCAACAUUGCCUCGAUCCUGCGGGCUUACUUCACAGCACACGCACUCUAUCCCGCGGCUAGUACACCCACCUCGUCUUGUCUACGUAGGUAUAUAAGGAAGGCAUGGCUUCUUCUGGCAUCCAGCCACCGCUGUCCUGGGCAUCCGGCUCAUACAUACCGCAUAGCCAUCAUAUGCCAACGAGACUCCCGUCCUAAGACGUCAUUCCUGUCGCCGCUUCCCAGCAGGUAUACUCACCAUGGCCGAGUUUCCCAGGCUGCCCCAUUCGGGCAUCCGCGUCGUCAUUGUUGGCGCGGGCUUUGCCGGGCUUACGGCUGCCAUUGAGUGUGACCGGAAAGGGCAUGAGGUCAUCUUGUUCGAAAAGUCCCCGGAGCUCGCUCCGCUCGGCGAUAUUAUCAGCUUCGGCCAGAACUCGUCCCGCUUCUUCUCCAAAUGGCCGGGCGUGUGGGAGGCCCUCGAACCCAUCAUCCAUAAGAGCGAGGAGGUCAAAUUCUACGACUGGCUGGGCAGGUAUGCCACAACUCAGUCGUUUGCCAAAGAACACCGCGAGUGGGGGCCUAGGGUCAACGGUCACCGGGGUGAGAUCCACCAAAUCCUCUACCGCCAUGCGCUGGCCAGGGGGGUUGACGUCCGGCUCGGGCACAAUAUUGUCAACUACUUUGAGACAGAGGAUGCGGCCGGUGUCGAGACGGCUGAUGGCCAGCGGUUCACGGCCGACGUGGUGCUCGCCGCCGAGGGGGUGCGCUCCCGUGGCAGGAAGCUCGUCCUUGGAUUCGAGGAUAAGCCGCAACCCUCGGGGUACGCCGUGUUUCGCACGUGGUACCCCUCCGACAAGCUGUUGGAGAGCGACAAGACACGGCACCUGGUGGCCAACGGCGAUUCGCAUGUCGCUUGGAUUGGGCAGGACGUGCACUUUCUGGCCGCCGCCAUCAAGGACGGCCGCGAGAUGAGCUGGGUGUGUACGCACAAGGACGAGGGCGACAUCGAGGAGAACUGGCAGUUCCCCGCCAAACUCGAAGACGUGCUGCGUGUCGUCGACGGCUGGGACCCAGUGGUGCUGGAACUAGUGAGAGCUACACCGCCCGACCGGCUGUUCGACUACAAGCUCGUCUUCCGCGACCCCCUCCCAACCUUCAUCUCACCCAAGGCACGCACCGCGCUGAUCGGCGACGCCGCCCACCCGUUCCUCCCCACGUCGAUCCAGGGCGCCUCCCAGGCUAUGGAGGACGGCGUGGUCAUGGCUGCCUGUCUCGACCGAGCCGGCAAAGGCAAGGUUCAGGAGGCUGUCCGGGUCUGGGAACACAUUCGCUACGAGCGAGUGCACAAAAUCCAGGCCACGGGCAUCUCGACGCGCGAGCAGUGGCACAAAGCCGACUGGGACGCCAUAUGGCGUGACACGGACUCGCUGCAUCUGAAGCGGGAGGCCUGGGUCCUUGACUUUGACUCGGAGGCAGACACGUAUGCAUCGUAUGAUGGUAUCCGAGAUCAGCUGUUCUCAGGCGAGACAGCGAGCUGAUAUUGCAGCUUCAUCUCCCAAAUAUUGUGGCC